AUGCUCCUGGGCAUCAAAGUACACCAGGAGAACCAUCUUAUUUCGCUUUGCCAGAUGCAUUUUAUCGAGAAACUCCUUAUAAAAUUUGGACUCGAGAAUGCGAAUGCAGUAACGAUGCCACUGGACCCAAAUGUCAAGCUGAAUGAUCCAGAACUCGAGGAGGACGAGUCCAACGAACAGGAGGAGCCUGAUCUGAGAGGCAUGCAUAGUUGUGCAACUCUCAUUGGAUCUUUAAUGUAUCUCGCGAUUGGAACACGCCCAGAUAUAGCUUAUGCUGUAAAUAAGCUUGCGCAGUUCACGCACAACCUGAAACCAAUGCAUUGGACCGCCGUGAAAUGGGUAUUCCAUUAUCUCAAAGGAACGAAACAUCACGCGCUUACCUAUGGCGGAUCCGACGAAAUUUUAAAUGAAGAACUCAACUUUUAUUGCGAUGCUGAUUGGGCAUCUGACGCGGACCGAAAAUCGAUCAGCGGAUAUGUGGUCACGAUGGCUGGCGGUGCGAUUGUGUGGAGCUCGAAGAAGCAACAUACCGUAGCACUUUCAACUGCAGAAGCCGAAUAUGUCUCUGCCACGCACAUGGUGAAGCAAGUUCUUUGGCAUCGAUCACUAUUUAAAGAACUUGAAUUCCCACUCGAGAAGACUUUGACCAUCUUCUCGGACAAUCAAGCCACGAUUGCGAUCGCGCACCAUCCCGAAUUUCACGCGAGGACGAAGCACAUUGACAUUGCAAUUCAUUUCCUGCGCGACCUCGUACAACACAGGACUCUUAAUCUCGUGUACAUCAAUACCAAGGACAAUCUAGCCGAUCUAUUUACAAAGGGACUACCUAGGGUACAGCAUGAAGACCUUACUCAUAGGAUCGGUGUUCUGUCCGAGUAA